AUGAAUUGUCCUGCCAGAAGGUUCCCUCUACGCCGACCAGCUAAUCAUGUUCCCCCUAUACCUCGAUGGUAUGCUCACUUUGCAGACGGUAUAGACAGAGUAUUUACUACAUAUAUUGGGGUUCAACGACAUCAUGGACUCGAUAUUGGGCUGACGAAGUGCCUCGCGGCGAUCGAGCGGUGGCUCGCUACAGACCAGGACAACGCGCCUGCUGCGGUGGAGCGUUUUCGGGUGAUUGACGGUGACGACACCCCAGAUUCACUCGUCUUUGCAUGCUACUGGGAUACGGAAUCAAAGUAUGAGAACGGUAUCAAAGGAUUGAAUCUCACUCAACUGUACCAAAAGCUCGAUAAGUCGAUUCAGCCGACAGUGGGUCUCUGGUGUGAGAGGUUUGUCAGUCACGUUUCUCGUCUGGAGACAAACUACUCAGGGACAGACUAUCUGCCUGGCCUGGCUCGACUGCCGGGCACAAAGACCGUAGCGCAUUCAUACUCGGCAUACUGGGGCGCUGCUCGGGAUCGAAUUCCUGAUUCGGCAUUUGAGCUCUUUGAGCAGGAUGAGAAUCCCACAGCAACAGCAAUUCCUGAUGCUAUGUCGACAUCCUUGGGCAAGCACCUCACGGGUACCAACUUCCAUAACGUGGUACAUAUACGGACUGAUAGGCCAUUAAACCUUUCCUUUUUCUUCCUCUUUGGACAUACCUGGUCUGGUUCCACAUCGCCGGGCGUUUCAUCAUGCCAGAAGUAA